AUGGGAGAGAGGGUGGUUGCCCCUGACAACCCAGGCGACGGGCGCGUCGUCGCCGGCACAUGCUGCGCCGAGGCGCGCUCUGGCGGCCCUCCUGCACCCGCUCCUCUCAACCCACCGACCAGUGCCGUCACGCCCCAUUGCCUUCAUCACCAAACCUCAUCGGCGAAAGGGCCUCUCACUCUCACCGCCACCCACAACUCCACAAAGCUCCCACCACUUCUCCCCAGCCCUCCUCCACCCGCAGAAACCCAUCGCCAUCGCCAUCGGCACCGGUGCCGGCGCCGGGACCUUCGAAAGCAGUUCACAGCAGACCGCAAGAACAACAAGAGCCGCAAGAGUGCAAGAAGAAAGGUGGUUCAAGUGAGCGUUAGGCUUGGGAUUGAAUUCCAGUCUCUGGUCCUCAAGGACCUCUGCUCCGACGUCGUCACGCCUGAGCCCAGCUCGAACUCGGGUGCUUUCUGGAUCACCCCUCCGUUCCGUUCUCCGAGGUUCUCUGUCGUUUCCAUCUCCAACAUGCUGUCCUUCUUCCUUUGCGCUCCACCCCAUCGUGUGCGUGCCUCGGCCGUUGAGCCUUCCGUCGUUUGCGCUCGAGUCGCCUCAGAAAAUGUCGCCAGCUUCAUCCUUACCCGCCGGGAGCUGAAGCUGCAUAAAUGUAUCUUUACCCUCCAUGCCUCGCUCCCCGCGGCUUCCGCCAUGGUCGGCCAGCUGAGAGAGGAAGAGGACUUUACUCCCAGGCACCCACCUCUGCCUGGAGUAACGGAGCUGAGUAACUCCUGCGCAAUGCUCGGGGCUCGAGGCGGGGUCGACUUGAAGAGGCUGGACGUGGAGAGAUCUCCAAAUCUCGCUACAGUCCCCUCGGACUCGACCAGGAGUUAUGAUGCUCCCCUUCCUCCUGUCUUGUCCCCGGCAAGGGAGCAGCGAGAUGGUGAGCAGUCACAGGGGAAGGAACCCCAUGCUGCCGCCAACGUGUCGGGACAGGUGAAAGCCGCUCCUCAUCACCCCUUCAAUGCUGCUGCCAACGGCUCUAAGAAAACUUAUGCUGAAGCCCUCCUCUCAUAUGGUAUUUCUACUACCUCCGGCUCCGAGCGGAGCAAGGGCAAACGCCGCCCUGCCCCCUUCGUGCCUCCCUCCGUUGGGUGCUUCCGCUGCAUUUCGUCCUCGCACAUGGUUCGUGACUGCCGUGACCCGCUCGGGUGCCGGCGCUGUGGUGGCGACGGCCACCGACAGUUCCAGUGCUCCAUGCCUGUUGCGUGUCGCCGCCAAACCCCUUUCACCCACCACCACCUGGCUUCAGCUCGCCAUGUCCGCCUCCCUGUUCCUAUUCCUGUCAAUGCCGCCGUCCCAUGUGUCCCUCAGACACUUCCUCCUCUUCCUCCACCUGAACAGGGUGAUGCUGCUGGUGUGUCCCGGUAG